CUCGGGGUGAACAUAAGGCGCAAUUAGAAUAUCAGGCUUCUUCCAUUCCAUAUCCUAUUCGUCGCACCUGCGCGGUUAGUCCUUCCAUUUAUCAACUCAGAGUUCCCCCAAAAUCCCGCAAACCAGCGCGAUCAGUGUUCCGUCGAACGCUGCGUGCAAUGAACCGAUAUCGAAAUGUCCCUGGGUUGCGAGGUCCAACAAGGGCUUCUGCUGACACACUUUGCCAGAAAUGUUUAAAAAGAGGGCACUAUAGUUACGAAUGCAAGGCGCCUGCUCAGGAGAGACCGUAUAUAUCUCGGCCUUCCCGCACCCAGCAACUCCUGAACCCAGAUCUGAGGCCUAAGCUCACAACAGAGGUACCAAAUGAUCUCUCGCGCACGAAGGGUGUCGCAGAUGAGCUGCUAAAGAAAAAGGACGAAGAGCGAGGACGGAAAAGGGAUAUAGACGACCUCGACGAGCUUUCAGAUGGCCGUCAUCAAUCACGGAAGCGUGCAAGGUCGCUGUCGUCGCAUUCUGCCAGCUCUGUCUCCACCAUAUCUACCAACCGUUCCCGUUCUGCGUCUCGGGAGCGCCGGCAAAGGUACGACGCCGGCGGCAGUGAGACAAGAUCACCACGUAGGACUACAUCUGUUUCGCCUCAUGAAUCAAGGAGGAGAAAGAGGCGAUACAGCGACGCAUCUUCGGGGUACUCACACUCUUCUCCCUCGUCUGUGGGGCGCGCGCAAUCUAGGGACAGAGACCAUGAGAGGAAUAUAAGAAGACGUCACAGAAUAUCUAGCCCAGAGGAGCGCGGGCGCAAACAUGAAGUGAGCAGUCGGGGACGACGACGAGACAGGUCUCGGAGCGAUAGUCUGGAUAAGAGUCGCAUCGCAAAAGGGCGGCGGUCAUUGACUCCGGAGGAUCUGCCAGUACCUGUUCACGAGAGGGAGCGUCGGCCACCCAGACCUCGAUCGCCUAGGGGCAGAUAUGGCGGGGAGAAUGGGCGCCAGCGGAGGGAAGCCCCAGCUCCUGCUCCGCCGCGGGAGCGCAGUUUGAGCCCCUUCAGUAAGCGGCUCGCUCUCACACAAGCUAUGAAUAUGGGGAGAUGAGGUACACUGGCAAGGUCUACCAGAAUCCUGCAUUUUCGGAGCUGAAAAUUAUUUUUGAUCAUGUAUUGUUACCAAAGAUUACAUAAUGAUAAUGGAGCUGCAAUACC